AUGCACAUUAUAUUAUUCUGCAAGCUAUUUAAUUCAUAUUUGUACUCCUCCAUCUCUUGGCACCUCAAAAGUAGAGUAUUAGAAGAAAUCAAAGAAACAAAUUGAAAGCUUGUUGAAACACGAGUAGAGAUGGUUGUUGAUAGCAGUGAAGACGAUGUUCACAGACUGGGAACUGAAGAAAAUAUCAUCAUUAGGUGUUCAUACUCUCCUAUGGGUUUCUGUGAGAAUACACUUCAACGAUGCACUUCAUCUGGAAUAAUGUUCCCAGAGAUGGUUGUUCUGCAGCUGCUUGUCCUGGGCAACUAUCCUAAAGCAUCACCUAUCGUGUUGGACAAGUCACCUGACCUCUUUAGCACUGAAGAAGUGAGAAACGGAUACAGGGAAGUGAAGCUAAGGUUCAACUUGUGUCUCCGUCAACUUUCUGAUCCCAUGUCGAUUAGAGAAAUGACAAAAACGUGGGAUAUUUGUGCACGACAAGUUAUUGCAGAGUUUGCAUAGUGAAUGGGUGGCGGCAGCAUCAGCUCAGUAUGCAGUGUGUGGAAAAAAUGUGAGGCAGCAGCUACCUGGGUAACAACUAAUCUUUCCUUCUUCACCGUAACACA